AUGCGACCAACAGCGGUGGUGCUGCUUCUGGCCGCGGCGGCGCGCGCCGGCGAUGACGUAGAACAAAAAGUAAUCGCGAUCGUCGCAUCGCUCACGCGACAAGAGAAGCUCGAGCUCAUGAACGGCAUCGGCUGGGACCAGUGGGACAUCCGGGACGGCUACUACGUCGGCAAUUUGUUAGGAGCGCCCGCGAAGGGCCUCCCCGCGUUCAAGAUGCACGACGCGGGCCAGGGCUUCCGCACGCACGAUCCGCGCGUCGUCGGCACGGUCACGAGCUGGCCCUGCGCGCUCGCGCUGGCGAGCACGUGGGACCAUUCAAGCGUUACAGCCUUCGCCAAUGCCGCAGCCGCUGAAUUCAGAGCCAAGGGCGCGAACGUGAUCCUCGGCCCCGGCCUGAACGUUCAUAGAGUAGCAAGAGGCGGCCGCAACGCCGAGUACCUGUCGGGCGAAGACCCUGUCUUGGGUGCUGUGUUAGCUUCAAAAUAUGUAGAAACCUUCCACGCUCAUGGUAUCAUGACGGUGGCCAAACAUUACGGCUUCAAUCAACAAGAGACGCGCCGGAACACGUAUGAUGCGCUCGUCGAUGCGGAGGCGAAGGAGCUCUACUACACACCGUAUAAAGGCGCCAUCGCGGCUGGGUGCCUCGCGGUCAUGUGCGCCUACAAUAAACUGAACGGCCACCACGCGUGCGCCUCGGACGAGUUACUUGUGAGCGAUUUGCGUGAACGGAUGGCCUUCAAAGGUUUUGUCGUUUCCGACUGGGCCGCGGCGCAUCAAUACCAUGCUGGCUUGGACGUGGCGAUGCCGGGUUCGGCCGUCGACGAUUCUGGGGAUCCUCGAGGCUGGUACUCUGCUGAACGGCUUGACGUUCUAGAUGAAGCGUCUUUAGAUGCGCACGUCGCUAGGAUCGUGCGCGCCGCGGCGUCCGUGCCCGGGUUCCUGGACGAUCAUGGGUGUGCGCCGGGCUCCUGCCAGGAGGAGCUGUACGCGACGAACGCGACGUCGUCGGAACAUCGGGCGCUCGCGCGUGAUUUAGCCGCGGACUCCGUGGUGAUGCUCAAGAAUAAUGAAGUGCUGCCUUUAAAAACGGGCAGUAAGAUCGCCGUCGUCGGCGAUGCGUGUGCCGCGGUCCACGACGCCGAGACGCUCAUGAAAAGGUGGGACCUCGGUGACUAUUACGUCGUCGGAGGCUCCGGGCGCGUCGUCGCGGCCCGCAUCCCGAGCGUCCUCGACGCGCUCUGGGAUGCAGAUAUUGUUGGGGUCGCGGGCGACGACCUCGACGCAGCGCUCGCGGCGGCAGCGGGCGCCGACGUCGUCGUUGCGUGCGGCGGCGCGGCGACGACCGAGGCCGCCGACCGUGCGACCCUACGCCUCGACAACCACGACUUUUUGACCGCGCUCGUCGCGGGCGUUGAUGCGCCGGUCGUGCUCGUGGCACUAGCGCCCGGCGCCAUCGUCCUGCCGCAGGCCGACGCCGCGGCGGCCGCAUUGGUCUGUUUUCUGUGCGGCGAGGCGACGGGUCUGGCGCUUGCGGACGUGCUGCUCGGGCGCAAGGAGCCCGGUCCGUGGCGCCGCGUCCCCGAGGGGCCUUCCUCCACGCCAUCGACGCGAUAUAUAUUCAUCGGUCGACGUCCACUCAGGCGGACGGCUGCCCGUGACGCUACCUCGAAGCGAGGCCGCGACGGUACAGCCCUGCGAGGACGACGCCUGCCCGUACACCGAGGGCGUGCGCGGCGGCUACCGCGGUAUUGAUCGGGCCGACGUGCACUUUCCGUUCGGCCAUGGGCUAGGCUACGCUGCCUUCGAGCUCGAGGUGCUCGAGGUUACCGCCGGGGCCGUCACCGCGGUGCUGCGCCACGUCUCCGGUCCCGGCGGAUCAGCAGUCGUGCAGGUCUACGGUUCCGAGCCGUCGCGGCUGCUAGCCUUCGAGAAGCGAUUUUUAGAUGAGGGCGAUGAGGACGUCGUGUCGCUGCGCUUUCGCGGCGCCGCCUCCGAGGUCGCGGUCGGCUUCUCGAGCGGCGAGGCGACGACCUACGCCGUGCAGGGCGGCGCCGGCGACGGGUUCCGCCGCGACGCGAAUUGGUGGAUCCUCGUGGUCGGUCCGCCCAUUUUGGUGUUUUCUAUCAUUGGCUGGCUGCUUUUUCGAGACCGGAAGCGGCGCCGCGCGGAAGAGCGGACGCGGUCGAGCGAGCGCCGCCGCUCGCUCGAGCUGACGGCGACGUUCCGGCCCGGCGAUAGCGCCGCGGACGGCGCGUUCUUCUCGAUACCGCUGGACGAGGAGAAGCCGCAGUUUGUCUAGUGUUCUGCUCCAACGCGGCAAUCUGGUCGGGACUGACGAGUCCUGCAAGCGACGGCGCAAGAGUCCCCGCCCCGCUGGACCCGCCGG